AUGGAAGACAAACGCAAGAAACGCAGCCCAAAGGUGUCCCUCCCGCAGCCCCCUCCUCCCCCCAUCAACCCCCGCAAACUCACUGUGUUGCCCGCCAGCAAAAGUGCCACCUUCACCCUCGGCCUGCCGCAGCCUCCCUCCCCCAAGAACAGAGGCAAGUACAAGAGGUCCAUAGGUGCGCCCGGCCAGCCCAAAGAGGUGUUCGCAGCCGUCGUAGCUCCACCAAAGACCACCAGGCCCCACAAAGAGAAGCCCAGGGCCCCACAGCCAGCAGGGCCCAGCAAAGUAGUCCAGUCUUCCCCCUUGCAGCACUCCUUCCUCACGGACGUCUCAGACGUGAGAGAGAUGGAGGGAGGCCUCCUCAAUCUGCUCAACGACUUCCACUCAGGCAAACUGCAGGCGUUCGGUAAGGUUUGCUCCUUUGAGCAGCUGGAGCAUGUGCGUGAGAUGCAGGAGAAGCUGGCGCGACUGCACUUCAGCCUGGACAGCCACGUGGAGGAGCUUUCAGAGGACCAGAGGAAGUGUGCCUCAGACCACAACCUGGAACACCUGCUCAGUAACCUGGAGGAGCUCAGCACCUCCAUACAAAAGCUCCACUUGGCCGAGAACCAGGACCUGCCCAAGACAUCUGGCCCCUGA